GGCGGUGGCCGCCGGGAGGGGGCCGGGCCGCCGCGACGCGGUUCCUGUCGCCGUGACAUGGGUUCCCCCUCGAUGGCGGCUGCCGCGGGAGGCCUCAGGUAACCGGCCGCGUCCCCGCGCCUCUUUCCCGCCGCCGCCAUGCCCGCCCGGGCCCCGCCGCCCGCUGCGCAGCCCUCAGAAAUGUAUUAACUUUGGAGUGGAACUAAACAAUGGAACCAGAUAUUAUUCGAAUGUACUCCUCAUCCCCUCCACCGCUAGACAAUGGAGCUGAUGAUGAUGAUGAAGAUGAAUUUGGAGAAUUUGGAGGAUUUUCUGGUGUGAGCACUGCUGGUGUAGCUUUUGCUGAUUUUGAUGCAGCAGACUACAGCCAUCCAAAGGAGGAAUUUAUACCCACAAAUCAUUUUAUACCCCUUCAUGAUUAUUCUGACAAUGUAGCUAGCAUUGCAACUUUCACAUCUGUUAAAAAUGUUAAAGACUGCAUUGCAGAGCUUCCUACUUCUCCUAAGGAACUUUCUGAUGCGUUAGCUACUAGUACCAGCAAAGAAAAAUCUAAGUUUAGAACUUCAGGUACUGCUUUUGAUGUAAGUUUAGAAGACGUAAACAAGAAAGGGGAACAAAGAGAGAACACUGGGAAAUCAGAGGGGUUUUCUUCUGAUGUUAGAACUGAUAUAACAGUUGAAAGCCAAGAUGAGCAAAUAGAUGCUUGUAAUGGUGAAAAACUUCCAUGUCUAGAGAUUCUAACAAAUGGAUUUGCAGCAUUGGACCCUGUAAAUCCUCAGGGAACAGAAGAUCUAGACAACGUCAGUGAUUCAAAGGGACUAAAAACUGUUAGCAGCCAUAGUACUGAGCUAAAUUUGAACUCAAUUCCUAGCUCAGGUGAAGGCUUUGCAGAUUUUGCUACAUUCUCAAACAGAAAAACAAUCAAUGUAGAGGGAACAGGCCCUACAAUAUGCACCGUUCUUAGUGAAAGAGACUCUCUGAAAAUUCAGGAAAACAACAGAAUAAACAGAGCAAUUCAUACUGAAGAAGAGACUUGUACUGCAGAAGUUAGCUGUGAACAGGAUUCCUCAGCACUGGAAAGUAAUGAAUUUACUAUUUCUAGUACGUUUCAAACAACUGGAAGUUCAAUAUGCACUACUGAAAAUGGAGAAAACAAUGGAAGGAGAAAACAACAUGAUGAGGAAAAUGGCAAAGAUUUUUCUCAGCUUGAUGGUUUUUCAGGAACAGAGGACAUCAAAAUUGAUGAAGUUGAAAGCUUAAGCACUGAUCUCAAAGGAGAAAAUGUGGGCAAUUCUGAAGAAGUUAAGAAUGGUGGAAGCAGUACUGAAGUUGCAGCUUGCCACAUCACACAUGAUGAUGACUUUGGUGAUUUUGGUUCAGUCAGCAGUGCAUCUUCUGCUUUCAUUAAUGCUCAAGAAUCAACAAAUGCUUCAGCUUUAGAGGCAGCUUCAGAACAGCCCGCACUUGUUAGCCAACGUAAUGAUACAUUUGGUGAAUUCAGGGACACAAAUGCUGUUUCUCAGCUGCCAGCAACGUUGGAUCAAGCUAACCUAAAUCAGACUGCUGACACUUUAGAAUGUGAUGCUACCAGUAAAACUUCUGGCUUAGACUUCCAGCAUACUACUGAGGUAGAAAAUGGCGAUGAUAGUGAAUUUGGAGACUUUGAUUCAGUGCCAAAAUCUCAAGAUGAGAGUGUUGCUUUUCAGGACUCUGACGACUUUGCGGACUUCAGUUCAGCAGGUUGUAAUCAGGCUACUGAUUGGAAUGCUUUUGAAGAUGAAGAAAAGGACAGCUGUUCUUGGGCUGCCUUUGGAGAUGAGCAAGCUGGCGAGUCUCAUCACAGAAAAGAGACAUGGCAGUCACAUAGGACAGAUACAUCUGCGAGGAUUGAUGGUCCGGUAUUACACAAGACUGACAGUUUUGCUUCAGUGUCUUUCCAGGGAAGUACUAGUAAGCAAUCUCAAGAACCAGCACCUUCAGUUCAGACAACGUUGUUAUGUCGUCUGGAACGAAUAUUUGAAGUCUGUUUUCCUUCCAUGCCUGUUCUUGAAAUUGAAAAAGAGAUAAUUUCCUUGAAUCAUUUGCUGGAAGCAGGUGAGAAGCAGACAGCAACUGAGGAGACCUUAGCAAAUACUGGGGAACUGACGGAUGUGUGGGCAGAGCUGCAGGAUAUCCACGAUGCGUACGGACUGCGAUACCAGUGGGGUGGCUCCCACAGCAACAAAAAGCUUUUGUGCUCCUUGGGAAUCGACACAAGAAAUAUUCUCUUUACAGGCAACAAGAAACAACCUGUCAUAGUACCCAUGUAUGCAGCAGGACUGGGUAUGCUUGAGCCUACCAAGGAACCUUUGAAACCAAUAUCUGCAGCAGAAAAGAUAGCUUCCAUAGGACAGACACCUCCUGUAUCACCAGAGAUGAACACAUGUGCAUCUGAUCAGUUCCAGGAAUCUCUACCACCUGUCCAGUUUGACUGGAGUAGCAGUGGCCUUACUAACCCUUUAGAUGCUAGUGGAGGUUCCACUCUUCUGAACCUUGAUUUCUUUGGGCCCGUGGAUGACAGUAGCUCUAACAGCACCACCACAAUCCCAGGUGUGGAUCCUGAGUUGUAUGAAUUGACAACCUCAAAACUGGAAACUUCCAAUGCAAGCAGCAGAGUGACAGAUGCAUUUGCAAGACUCAUGUCCACAGUAGAGAAGGCAAGCACGUCUACAAGGAAGCCUAAAAAGGAAGAACAUCUUAGUGAAGAGGCUGCCAAGGUGAUUUCUAGCCUUCCUGACUUAACUUUCAUGCAUGCCAAGGUGUUGAUGUUCCCAGCCACAUUAACACCUUCAACAAGCUGCCAAGAAAAGGUAGACUAAAGUGAUGUGAAUUGGACGUUUUCUAUUGAUUUUUUUCUUCCCUCUAUGGGUCAUGAAAAGCAAUCUUGCUUUAAUUAAAACAACAAAAAAAAAUCAAGUUCAGAUGAUUUGUUGGUAAGCAGCACUAGAAAGGUAUACAUAGUUAUGUAUAUUUAUUUACAUACUGAAGUCCUAAAUUUAUAUUAGAGAAAAAUGUAAAUAAUUGGGGGUAAAUCUUUUUGAAGAUCUAUUCUUUUUGUUGUGCUGGGGUGUAUACAUUUAUGUCUUUGUGAAAUACACUGGUGGUGUCCUUCUUACAAAACUUUAAAAAGUUUAAAAUAUAUAUAUAUAUCCUAGAAACACAUAAUGAAAAAACUUCAAUCUUCACAAUACGUGAAGUCCCCUUUAAAAGUUUUCAGAUUGCAUUGAGUGUCUUUUUCUUUCCUGCAUAUAUUAAAAUACUUUUUGAUGGGAAAACAGAAGGUUACAUUGAGGGGUUUUAAUUGUUUUUUUAAACUCGAUCUUUUCUCUUCUGUUUUAACAAGCUUAGGAUGUGUUCUUCCUUUUCUUCUCCCCCUUUCCUUCCCUGGUUGAUUGGUUGACUGAUCAAUUUUUGUUCUUAAACUUCAGUGGUGUGGUUCUGUCACUAUAUAGCCUUUUGAAAAGUAUGCUGUCAGUAACUUUUCGUUCCAGUUAUGGAUCCUUGUCUAAACACUUGAUUUUUGGGUCAUUAGGAGGUUGUCUACUUUUAAUCAGUUUGAUUUGGAAAAGAAGGACCAAAACUAUAUGAAUGUCUUACAAUGAAAUUUAUCUGUUAAAAAUUCUUAUGUUCUGUUGUACCACUAUUUCUGUUUGAUUUUGCACAGUGUAAAAUGACAUAAUCAUAGAUUGCUAUGGUUUUAGGCUGUAUAUACAGUAAAAACUAUGGGUUGUAAAUGUUUGGGGAAAUUCCUAUGGAAAAAAGAGAGCUAUGUAGAAGAACCUCUAAAAAGGUCAAUGUGCAUGCCCAAGGUCUUUUGAGAUUUAAGUGUGUAAAUUUCCUUUUAGCUUACACAAAAUAAAAUAAUUUAAAAGAUAUAUAUGUAUAUAGUCUGUUUUCUUUUUAUCCAGAAUGUAUACAUUACUGUUGAUGCUAAAAUUGAUGUGCUGCGUUAACAGCAGAACCUUUUAAUUUUUGUUGUACAGUUCCAUGACACACAUUUAUCAGGGUCCUGCAGAAGGAGAAGCAGACUUCUCUUCAACUGUCCUAUCUAUUUGAAUAUGUAAUGUCUUUUAUUUCUGCCUCUGACUUAGAGGGGGCUGUGGCUCAAGACAUGUUGGUAUUUGAGAUUAAAGACUUUUUCAAAAUAACAGGCAGUGCUGAACUGCAAGAAACACAAAUUCAGAUGUGUGGGAAGGGACACCUGGUUUUGCCUGUUUCCUAGAUAGAAUUAAAAUGUAACUGUAGCAUUUACUUAUUUUUCCUAAUGUGUUAGCUUGCACCGUAGCUCUUUCAGCAAAUUCUCUUCAGAUGACAUCUGUGAACUACUCAGAAUUGAGUCUGCAGGUAAGGCAUGCUCUGGGUGCGGAUGUUCUUUGAGGGGGCUUUGUGUGGGCAGAGAGGCUAUGCAUCUAACCUUUUCUAUGCACACAGCUCUUUAAGUGGUAGUCACCAGCACUUCAUCAGCUGACAACUAGUUCUGAGAAACCUCCAAUGCAUUUUUUACCUCUUCUUUGAAUUCUUUAUCCUCUGACAGCGCUUGGAUCAGAAAAGGUAAAGUCAGAGUUUGAUGUUACCAGCUGAUAAGCUGAAAUGUUGUCCUCGCAGACUUUUCUCUUGUAGGAGGAGCCUUCUUGAAAGAUUAGUACUGGAUGGAGUUCUACCUUUGUGAGCACAGGAGUUCCAGUGUGUGGUGGCUGCUCAGAAUUGAAAGAGCAGUUCAUAUAGUUGUUAAUUUGUAAAGGCUAAACUGACUCUUUUGCCCUCCAGUCAGCAAUGCAAUGUGCAGUGCUAUAGUAAAAAAAAAA